AUGUCGAGUCCAUAUUACACAGACGAUAGCGUCGACCAGGAUGAUAUCGGCGACAGUGAGCAUUAUCAUGAAGAUGAGAAUGAAAGACAAGGCUUGUCUUCUACGACGGUUCGCAACGGCAGCGUAGCACCAAGAGCCCCUAAACAUGGGAAGUUCUAUGGCCUGCCACCUCGUCAACAGCAGCAGCCGGAGCGGCCGCGGCGACCAAAGCGCUCAGCACAAGAUCAACGGGGACAGGAUUUGGAAACGGGACGUCAACGGCAACAAGCGAGUUCUGCUUCACGGGAACGGCGCCGGUCUCCUUCACCGCUUUCUUUUUCAAAUUCCCCAUCGCCUCCGCGUCCAACCUGGAUACAAAAUCUAGGCAGGGCAAAUACUUAUAUCUCGGAGGCGAGGGGACAAACUACUGGGCCGGUGAACUACUGGGAUCAGAUGGGUCACGAUGGCCCCGAGCAACGCAAUCGGUCCCUUGUCACGGUUCGGCCAGUAUCUAGAGCAAGACGAAGGCCAGCACAAGAGGAACCAACGGCACACCAGUCUGGCGGGGAACCACGUACAGGUCACUUACAUGAGGACCCCUUCAACGUCGAAACUCGUACGAGACCGCCUGUUCUGCAACUUCGGACGCAACCACGACGAGAACAGUCUCGCAGAAACCGACGGAAUCCAGAUUUCAAACCGCCCCCUUACGAGUAUGUGCCUAUUUAUUUACAGGACCGCCCAACAUCAAUAGGGGGAACAUUUAGCCAGAGUUCGGAAUAUUCAGAUAUAAGCGAUGAGGACCAGGAAAGCCAGCCAUCAAAUCACGAUGUUUAUGAGCGACCUGUUGACCUCGUUCAUGACCCCUCGCAAUCAACCAAAAAUAUGACGAUCCGGCUCGAGUUUGAUAUCGAAGAAGACUGGGACACUGAUCUCGAGGAGUUUUGCCGACUCAGGCGGCUCGGCCGGUUCAAAGACGCGCAAGAAUACUUCAAGCAAAACCUUGAACGCUACAGCACCAUCCCAUACAUCCGGGUUCAGUACGCAGAAAUGCUGGUUUCAUCUGGAAACUUGAAGCUAUUCCGAGAUAUGCGGCUACUGCCGGAAUUUCUGCCUCCUGUCGGAGAGGAGAGUAUGGAUGAACUGAACAGAGGCAAGCUGGCAGCGAACUAUGCUCUGCUGGACCUCUUGUCCCAGCGGCACUUUCCAAACUACAUACAGAUGGCGUGGCAGAUUGUGGAAAACACGCUGAAAGCCCUCAGCACCGAACAAGUCAUAGGAUCAACAGAGAUACAACUACUGAGUUUGUGCCUGCGGGUGUUGCACCGCUUGGAGGCCUGUACGCAUGAAGGCAUUAUUGACGUGCCCAAGAUUUACGCAAAGAAUCUUUUCAAUUGGAGCCGCCUUUAUCGCGAGAUCACCGCAGAAGAUAGCAUCUGGGAUGCCAGAGAUCUUUUGGUGGCUGCCACAUCUGUGUUUGGCUGGCAGGACAUGUCAGUCAUGUUUUUCGGGACCAGUUACCUUCCCAAAAUUAUGGAGUUAAUUUCCAAUGACUGGAUUCGGACGAGCUACGACGAACCAUCGGCGCUGGGUCUCCUUGACCUUUUUACCUCACUGAUACUUCAAGAUCACAACAAGGAAAUGGAUGUUCGCAACCACCUUUUACUCGAAUAUGCCACGGUCUUAGCACGCUCCAUUCAAGACCACGAUGAGGGGCUCAUGCGGAGCAGGCCCUUUCUACAAUGGUUACUUGUCAAAGCAGUGCUCGAGAAGACGGCUGCUCCAGAGCGACCUGACGGGAUUCACCUCAAGGACUUUGACGGUCUCGAGCUCAAACAAAAGAACGGAAUACAUUUGCCCAUCUAUGUUCCGAAAAACGGGCUGGAAAGGCCUUCAUGGGACAUGUUCUUCACUCGAUCUAGCCCAGCACAACGCCAUACCGCAGAAGUUGUGGUAGCCACCGCCGAUGCCAUUGGAGACUACUUCCUCAAAGCAGAGGCCUUGAAAAUUUUGAUCCUUUUUUCCCAAAACCCGGGAAGGUCCAUGUCAGAUCUCUGUCGCCUCCAGCUCGAAAUCCAGGGGGAUACUGAAGGCUACCUCGCCACGCGACUGUCGACUUAUUUGCUCUUGAACGAGUCGAAUGAGCUGCAAGACUUGGGAAUAAGUCCCACCAAUUUUGAUCCCACAAGGAACGAGAAUUGUGAAAAUGCAACACUAAGAUGGGCCAGCGCUGUUCUUCCUGCGCAAACCCUUCUCCGUUCCGAUAUUCGCGAGGAUAAUCGGCAGCCUACCCCUCAAAAUGAAAAUCUUUCCUCCGAACUUCUUCAGGCAGCCUUCAACGUGUGUGGCCCAAAGCUUCCGUCUUAUAUCAUAGAUUUCGCCAGACAGAAGCUUCAACUCGACGCCCCCUCGAUAGUCCCGAUGCCGAUGCUGGCAUUACACAACCAGACCGACGAGAAGCCAACAGCAGAUAAGGCCAGAGACAAUGUUGACGGCAUUCCGAGAUACAGUCCCUUCAUCUCUGGACAACAACAUGCUUCAGGAUAUCCGUAUCCCUUCAUCUACCCAGAUCCCAGCUUCCCAAACCCCAACUACCCAAAUCCCAACUACCCAAAUCCCAACUACCCAUACUCCAACUACCCAUACUCCAACUACCCAUACUUCAACUACCCGACCGCGUACGGACAGCCACACAAUCCAAAUGACGUGCAUCACAAUGUUGCUCCCUAUGUCGGGACAUAUCCUUGGCUACAAGGACCCGGGCCCGCCAACGUUGCCGGGACACCAAACCCCUUUGACUUUUACACUCCAUCGCCGCCAGCGCCGCCGCCUGCUUCCGGGAUGCCGUCCCAAGACUAUCAGACAAACCAACCUCCAACGGCGCCUAACGGGGUGUGGCCGGGCGUGGAGGUGGCUGGAUGGCCUGCUACGUGGCAAGAAGAUGCUCAACGUCUUGCAAACUCUCGGCCCCCUCCUUUAACCGACGACGAGGACGUAACCAUCAGGGUGAAAGGUCAUCAGACUCGGGUUGGCGGCGACGCGCAGGCGAGUUCGGACAAAGUUUCACAGUGGCUAUUUCCGGGAAGUGAUGGAGCACCGAAUAUUGACAAGAACGACCCUAAUGAGCAGUCGAUCCCUCCACCAUCCGGAAAGCCUGCUGUUCCUGGUGACAGUGCGCCCAAAGUCAACAGUUCGACUCCUGUCAAUGAUACUGUGGCUCCCGAAACAAAAGAGGGCGAUCCUGGCCAAGCAUCGAAGCCUGUUGCACCAGAGAACACUGAUGCCAACGGCGGCUCGAACGUGAAUGGGGGAGAUCCGGGCCCAAACACUGGGAUACGUAGGCGGCACACUGUGGAUGUCUUACCGGAACGCAGUCAUGCUAAAGUGAACAAGACGGCUGACACCGCGAAUGGUAUCAUUCCCGAAGAAAACAACCCUUCUGGUAGCCUGGAAGCCGAGGAUCAUGGUGACAGUGUCGAUGAGAAGCCGAGUUUCGAUGUGGAAGAGGGCUUGCCCAAGCUUAGCUUCCCUCCAGAUCUUCUCAAAGGGCACAAGUUGACGAUCAUUCUCGAUAGCAAGGACGAUCCUCAGAAGGUCAAGGCGUAUGUCAUCGACGUAGAAGGCGUGCAUGAGACCCCGGUAGUGCGCCCUACAAGUGGAGAGCAGCACCGGUCCAGGACGAAAAUUCACGUCAAAUCCGGUUCCUAUGAGGUUGCCGAUGCAGGAAAUGAACCGGGCGAGUCGACUGUAAGGAUAAGCAGAAGCAGAAGCAGGGAAAAGGGCAAAGCUAGAGACACCAGCGAAGCGCCACCGAGUUAUCCAGAGGGCGGUGUCAAGGAACACACGACUAUACACGGCACCGUGCGGCCGCACGUUGUUUUGGAUGAUUUUGUCACCCAGCCGCCACAUGAUAAACUGUCGAAACCGACAAGGAAGAAUUCGGGGUUUGGAGGUCCAGCCGGAGAAGGUCCAUCGAGACGGCAGAGCAUGUCCAAGCCAAGGUCCAGCAAAGAAGAGCAGGACAAGUUGGCAAAGUCUGUCAACAAGAGAGCAAAGAAGGCUGCCCAGAGGUUUUCAUCUCUUGGUCCAGCUCCCAGUCCGGCCCCCAGUCCGCCGCCUAGCCCACCGCCCUCUGGUUCGCGACCGCCACCUGACAGGCCUGUGUACAUCCCCGAUGCCAGUCCCGACACGGGCGCUAUCCCCGAGAACGACGAAGGUGCUGGUGAUGGCGUUGGCGGGCAUGAGCAUCAAGACGGAGAUCAAGAACAGGCGCAGGACCAGGAGCAGGGGCAUGGACAAGCUCCAGACCAGAAACAAGACCAUGUUCAAGAAGAGACCCAAAGUCGGAACCAACGGGAAAGGCAGUACUACAAUCAAGGUCCAGACCGGCAACAAAACGAGCAACUAGGCGAGGGCAUCCGAGUCUAUUGCUCAGGCAACCCCACAGAUCCCGCCAUCCCGACCACCAACUCCUCUGCGCAAACUGCGCCCUCCCCCGGGAAAACAUCCCAUCCUGACAGCCACGACAGCACAGAUGAAGACUGGGAGAUCCAGAGUAUAGACGGCGACGAAGCUGCUGGCAACCACGAGGCGGUGUUUGAAGCCUUUUCUGACGAGGACGCAGACGAAGACGAGCAGGCGACCCGCAAAGAGGUGGAGCAGAUGCUGAACGACAUGCAAACCGCCAGAAAGAGGAGACAGGAUGCGGAUCGGGCAGAGGAGGAGUGGUUGAAGGGACGGCUGGAGCGUCUUGCUGCUAAAGAGAAAGAGGAAGAGGAAGCGAAGGAGAAGGGGAAGGGGAAGGGGAAGGGGAAGGAAAAGGUUGCGGUGGUGGAGGAACCGGAGAGCAUCUCUUCUGUGAUGACGGAGGAUGAGGAACGGUUUAGGUGGGGUGAGGAGCCCAGGCCGCCUUUGAGGAGUUUGAAGAGGAAGGGGAAGGGGAUUAAAAGGUUAGCAGACUUUGUUAAGCAGGGAUCGGGGUAGAGAUGGCAUCGACACAUGGGA